CUCAAAAUAGUUCUUUUCCGUCUGUCCUCAUUGUGCCCCUUGCAUGAUCUCUUCGAUUUUUUUUCGUAAUGUAUAAACGGUAAUAAUCGUAAAAAGCAACUUGUACAAACGCGCGUAGAUCGUAAUUCCAUGUAAAACGUGGAAGCGAAUAAAAUUUAGUAGUGGGUAAGCAGCGUACGUUUAAAUGCGUCGUAUUCUCUGACGGGAGUAGGCACUCCUUUUCGAAUAGGAAAUUAAAUGUAACACGAUUGCGUUUGUAUAGUAUUUUUACAGGCCAAAUUUAUUGUAUUUUACAGGCCGGUUGCGUUAGCUCGAUCAACAUUCGUAUCGUGUUAGUAAUAGGUGGUUAGGAGACUUAACAAAGGUAUUAUUUCACGCGCCAUAUGGCUUAUGUCUAACAGUUAUUACAUCACAGAAGUCUCUACGUACGUUGCAUGUCUGUUUAAAGUCUGUUUUGAAUUGACACGUAUUUGGUAAACGUAAUUGUCAAGCGUGCGUUUGUCUGCCAGGCCGAAGAUCAGAUCUGGAGUUUAAAUAAUGCGAUGGAAUUCUCUCAGCCAUCUACAAAAUCCGAUAAAGUAACAGCUCGCUUGUACAGUAUACUCUCAUGGAUACGUAAUAGGCCCCAAACUGCUAACACUAAUGCAAAUGUCCAAUUUUUAUUGCCAUUUGUGGUUUCAAAUUGAUUGGACUUUGGCUCCAUUGGUGGAAGUGGUGUGGCCAUACAACGCGCUUAAUACAUAUUAAUCCACGGAUUGUUUUGUAUGGACCUUGGAUUUCAGUUUACUGGAUAUUGUUUGUUAUUGUUGGUUAUUUACUGUUAAUUUGCAUUUGCACACAAAAUGCAAUGAUCACUAUAUUGUACAUAUAAGAUGUGCAUAUAGGAUAAGAGGUCAAUACUAUAAGUUUUGUCUAGUGAACGAGUAAAUAGAAGAUCACGGGAUCGGAGUAUUCUGCUGUUAUUUAUAUAAUCCUUACUGAUUUUGUCGGCUAAAGCAUCUGAGCUUCUUGUUCGCAUUUUUAUAGUAUUUUAACAGAUACGCAACGCGAUGGAAGUUAACGUAGAACAGGCAGUUAUGGAAGUUAUGGCCUCAGAAGAUAGUGCAAGUAAUCAAAAUCGGAACAUCUUGGAUUGCGGAGCGGUCUCCAGUACGCAACGCGAGAAUCAAAAUUGGGAAGCAUUGUGUGUUACAAAGUCAAUUAAAUUAGAACACGAUACCAAAUCAACUGGCACUGACGAUAGCCAUUGUAAUGAUACGGACGAAGAAACUGCAUGUCUCGAUAAAGAUAUUUUGCACAAUGGCUUAUGCCAGGAAGAUCUGGAACACAAUGACGAUUUACGGCAAUUUGACGUGCUCGACGAUCUAGAUCGCCAUCCAGAACAGAAUGACGAUUCUGAUGACGACGAUUCGGAUACAGAUGAAAGUAUGGACUCUGAUGUGCCAGAUGAAGAAAUUGAAGCGAUGCUAGAAGAAGGUUUACCAGAAGAAUUUAAAGGAAAGAGAAAAGAUAAAAAGGAUCGCUUGCCCUAUGAGGAGAAGGAGAAACUCGUUUUAGAUGAAAUUGGGCAUAAUCAUUUUGAUGUUUUACCUGAAGGAUGGGUACAAGUGACGCACAACAGUGGAAUGCCAUUAUACCUUCAUAAACAGAGUAGAGUUUGUACACUAGCAAAGCCAUAUUUUCUCGGUCCAGGAAGUGUUAGAAAGCACGAAGUUCCUGUAAGCGCCAUUCCUUGUCUUCAGUACAAAAGAGCAUUAACAGAAGAGGAAGAAGAACGGAAGAAGAAAAUGGAACGUGCACCAAACACUGAAGCUUGCAGUCUUCCCAGCGCAAAGAUUGAAACCAUACAAGAGAAUCGUGCGGCGCAUUCGUUAGAUAGCGAGCAAUUAAGAAGUUAUUGUCAGUCUUUGUUCCGUUUCAAAUCUAUUAAAGUAAUGAGAUUUCAAUCUUGGUCAGCGCGUCGGAAAUUUACGAAAAUUAAAAAACAUCGUAAACAACUUGAGCGUCCAACUUUACCGGAUGGUACAAAACUGAUAACUUUCCCGGUCAGUAGUUCUAGUGGAAGUGGCAGUUGGAAUAUUGCGGACGAUAAUGGACAGAGACCUGCAAAACAUUGGAUAAUGAAUCCAUCGGGCAAAAGUUAUGUUUGUAUUCUUCAUGAAUAUGUACAACACGCGUUAAAGAAACAGCCAACGUAUAAAUUUAAAGAAUUAGAAAACGCAGCGACGCCAUAUUCCGCGGUAGUUUGUAUUAAUGAUAUGGAAUAUGGAAACGGAUUCGGCAGUAGUAAAAAACAAGCAAAGGCUAAUGCAGCCCGGAAAACUCUUGAAAUUUUGAUUCCUCAAAUGAAAGAUAAAAUUUCUGGUGAGAACGGCGGAGAUAAUGGAUCGAAUAAUGACAGUCGUACGAUAAAAGCAUCUAGAGGAAAUUCCGAUGCUGAUCUUUCGUUCUUCGACGAAAUAUCAAUCAAUGAUCCGCGUGUGGCAGAAUUUUGUGCAAAAACCACAGAACCUUCCCCACAUGCUAUUUUAAUAACUUGUAUUCAAAGAAAUUAUGGUUUAGGAGAUAUGCAGAUUAAUUAUUCGGUAAAUACGUUGAAACAUCAACGAAACGAAUUUACAAUGAAGGUUGGAAAACAUGAAGCUACUGUUGUUUGUCGUAAUAAGAAAGACGGUAAACAACGAGCAGCACAAGCAAUACUACAGUUAAUACAUCCACAUAUACAGUCGUGGGGUUCCUUGUUGCGUCUUUAUGGGUCGCGAAGUGUGAAGUCUUUUAAGGAAAAGAAACAAUUGGAACAAGAGAUCACCCUUUUGCAGGGUAAAGCCGCCGUUAAUCAGCCAAAUCAUGCUAUUUUAGGUAAACUUAGACAAGAGAUGCGAAGAUUAGCUGAACAACGCGAAGCAAUACAACCUAUUGGUAAGUUUGUACCACCAGAUUUACCAACAGGAUCUGCAGCCAAUCUCAAUAAUGUGGAUUUAUAAAAAAAAUUAGACACAAUUUAUACAUGUGUUUAGAUUAAUUAUUAUCUAUAUAAGAACAAAUAUUAGAUAAAUAAUAUUAUACGAUAUGCCUUUUAGAAAUUACUUUUUCGUUACUUAUGCAAACUAUUAUUAUUUUCAUAUAAGUAUUUUUACACUGUAUUAAAAUAUAAAAUACUAUUAACUAUUUUUAAGUUGACCCAUUAAGUUGAAACAUUUCUUAAAUUGCCUCAAUCAAAACAUAUAUAUAUGUACACGCACACAAACUAGUCUUUUAUUCUGGAAUUUUCUUUCUUAUUCUUUUUCUAAUGGCACGUGUAAAAAAUGAAAAUAAUUACAUUUCUAUCUUUCAUUCAUUUUUUUACACUAAUGUGACAAUGAUAGCAAAAUAUGAGAAAUGGGAAAGUAGCAUAAGAGAAGAAUUCUAAUUUACAAGGGAACAGAAUAGAAAAGUUUUAUUGUAUCAUAAAUAAUUAUAAUAUAUAAAUAUUAGACAUGAUUAUAUAUUCGGAAACACAUUUAAAAUAAAUGUUAACGAUACCUGUACGACCUAAUAUGUAUACAAUAUUAAUGAACAUUCAUAUUCUGUUCCGUGAAAAAAAGAUCUCAAUGUUCGAUUUUCCAUUGUAACGAAUGUCAAAUUAUUUUCAUAAAAUUUGAAUUUUAAGUAUUGUACUUUAGACAGAUCAUAUAAUAAUUUGUUCAUGUGUACGAAUGUAAUAUAAAUAUUGUUAGCCAAUAAGUCCGUGCGGUUUUUUA